CUUGAACCAACUUUUUCUUGAAAAUCAAAAGCUACAAAAAGCUUGUAACUUUUGAUGAAAAAGCAAGUGUAAACAACAAUGAGAAAAGGUUGCAUAAACCUUGAAACACGUAGAUUUUGGUUGGAAAGCAGGGUACUGUCGAUGAUUCUUUUCAAUAUCCUUAUAGAAAUGAGUCAAUUACCUCUUCAACUUUUUCUGGGGUCAUAUCUUUUCUCUAAACUUUAUUUUAUUUUGCCCCACUAAGUCACACAUUUGUCAUCAUUUUAUGUUAAAAAAAACACACCAGGUGAUCGAUUCUUAUCAUCUGUCCUAGUCUUGGUGGAUACAAUUAUCCGAUAAUUGUUGCUGGUGGGAUGUGACAGGUGAUCGAUUUUUCUCAUAUGUCCUAGUCUUGAUGGAUACAGUUAUUCGAUAAUUGUUGCUGGUAGGAUGUGACAGGCGAUCGAUUCUUCUCAUCUGUCCUAGUCCUUAUUGUUGACGCUUGCUUAUGACUCAAGUAUGCUAAAUUCCACUUUGAUUGUUAUAGGAAAUAAUACAUUAUACAAAGCAAAAUAUAAAACUGAACAAAGCACAUAAGCAAAGACUAACAAACUAAAGUUUUGAAUGAUAUAAUCUUCAUUGAUAUAAAGUUUAGAUUCUUAUCAAAUUCUUCUCUUUCCCCUCCAUUGUCCCUCCAAAAAAGGAAAAAAGUAAUAUAAAAUACUACUAUAAAAAGAAAAAGAAGUAUAUUUUUCAAUCUUACAACUUUUGGAAGUGUAAGAUGGCUUUUUCCCCUGGCUACUAAUUUAGAUAUGGAUUUUCUGUCAUAACAUCUUGUCAUUCUCUUAUCUUGCUUCUGUCUUCUCUUUUCAUCCUUCUCAUUGGUCUUUCUUCACUAAGAACGUCUCGAGAGAUCUUCAUCCUCAUAAGUAAAUGAUGACGAUGAUGAGUGGUGUAGUUUGUAGGCAUAUAUUGAUACUUGGAAUUGUAACUUUAGUGUUUAUAACAAUGGCGCGGAGAUGUUUGAGUGUGGGAGUGAACUGGGGUACUAUGGCAUCUCAUCAGUUAGCAGCAGAGAGUGUAGUGAAGAUGCUUAAAGAAAAUGGAUUUGAUAAAGUGAAAUUAUUUGAAGCAGAUGACAAGAUUUUGAGUGCUUUAAUAGGUAGUGAUAUUGAAGUGAUGCUUGCAAUUCCUAAUUAUAUGUUACAAGAUAUGAGUACUGACCCUGGAAUGGCAGCUUCUUGGAUUGAUGCUAAUGUUUCUGCUUAUGCUUACACUCAUGGAGUCAAAAUCAGGUAUGUAGCAGUAGGAAAUGAGCCUUUUCUUCAAACAUACAAUGGAACUUAUCUACAUUCCACUUUUCCAGCUCUGAGAAAUGUUCAAGAAGCUAUCAACCAUGCUGGAUUAGGGCCAGAGGUGAAAGCAGUUGUUCCUUUAAACGCGGACAUUUACUACUCCCCUGACUCGAAUCCUUUCCCUUCAGCAGGCGAUUUCAGGCCAGAGAUACGCGAUUUAGCCAUUCAAAUUGUUCAAUAUCUCGACUCAAAUGAUGCUCCUUUCGUGGUAAACAUUUACCCUUUCCUCAGUCUCUAUGCAAACAAUUACUUCCCAUUCGAGUAUGCCUUCUUUAAUGGUUCAAACAAGCCUAUGAAAGAUGGCGAUUGUGUUUACACCAACGUGUUUGAUGCCAAUUUCGAUACUCUUGCUUGGUCUUUGAAGAAAGCUGGAUUUCCCAACAUGAAAAUCAUAGUCGGAGAAGUAGGAUGGCCAACAGAUGGAGACAAACACGCGAAUAUUGAAAAUGCAAAGAGAUUCAACCAAGGGUUGAUUCAACAUGCUUUGAGUGGAGAAGGAACCCCUACAAGGAAGGGGAAAAUUGACGUUUACUUGUUCAGCUUGAUUGAUGAGAAUACUAAAAGCAUUGCUCCUGGUAACUUUGAGAGGCAUUGGGGAAUCUUCGAGUUUGAUGGUAAGCCUAAAUAUGAGCUAGCUAUAGGCUUAUCUGAAAAACCACUCGCUGCAGUAGAAGGCGUAACAUAUAUGCAUAAAAGAUGGUGUGUACUGAAGCCACACUUACCAAAAGAUGCACAAAUUUACCUGGCAAAGAGUGUUGAAUACGCGUGUAGUCGUUCUGAUUGUACUGCAUUGAGCUAUGGUUCUUCCUGUAAUCAUCUGAGUGAACAAGGAAAUACUUCAUAUGCUUUCAAUAUGUAUUAUCAAUUCAAUAACCAGAACAGUUUGGACUGUGAUUUUCAAGGCUUGGCUAUGGUAACUCAUAACGAUCCAUCCGACGACAAGUGCCAUUUCCCUCUCAUGGUUACUGAUGGUCCUAAAGUUAUGCUGUUGCACAAGAACUUACUCUACAUCAUACUGGCUGUUCUACAAGGAUUUCUAGUAGUUUUGUUGCUUGUUUCUUAGAUAAGUCAUGAUGAUUUUGAUGUAAUUAACUAGUAGCAGAAUAUAGGUUCUUUUUUUUUUUUUACAGAAUUGAUAUUCUAAGCAUUCAUAUUUCUAACACCGUAAAUAUGACCCUUAACAGUUACUACUUCUUUUUGCAUUUAGAGUAACAUAUUCCAUGAGAGCUUGGAGUACCAAAGGUGAAAUAAUUUAUUUUAGGGAAAAUUAAACUUAUACUACAUAAUUAUUCAUCAUAGCUAUAGUUUGAUAUAAUUAUCACUCGCGACUAACAUUAUACAUUAUCGAACUGAUAUACAUAUACAAAUAACAUUAUACAUUAUCGAAAGAUUGUAACUCUUUUUUCCAUUUUUGCUUUACUAUAAAGUUCAUUGUAACGGUUAUAUUGCACUUUUGUGUUAUAUUUAUCAAGAAGUAGGUGUCGACCAAGUCUAGAUUAAACUCCCUUGAAAUUUAAUGAAGUUAUUAAUUAACUUUACCGUUCAUUAAGAAAUGUACAAUCAUUAAGAGUCUUUUGUGAUGAAAUAAGUUACAAAUGGGCACCAAUAAUUCAUUACAUAAUAUUCUCUCUGUACAAAUUUAUAUGAUGUAGUAUGACUAGGUUUUUUAAAAAAAAGAACGAUUUUUAACGGUAGUUUAAAAUAAGUCAUAGAUGUUUGUGUAGCUAUAAAUCAUAAAAUCGAAAUUUUAAAGUUAAAUUGUUAUCAAAAAAGGUGCGACAUUUUUUUUAUCUUCCCAUCAUAAUAUCCCACAAGUUACGUCAUAGUAAGGACAAAAACUAAAGACCAACUCAUUAGCAAAUUGUGCAAUUAAUCUAAGAAGAUUGAACUUAAAGAAAAGGUGUUAAUACAUAAAUAAAAA